AUGUGUAUAUAUACAUACACACAUGUAGAGGCAUCGACCUCCAUCCAACAACGCUCAUAUAAAUAUAUAUUUUAAUGUACACUCUGGGAAAUUCACUGUACUCAGAUCUUAGUAAUAACUGCAGCGUGGAAAUACUCUUCAUUAAGAACUUUACUUGAGUAAAAGCAGUAGUACUACUGUUGGUACUUGUUUGUAGUACUUGUCUUUACAUCAGAGGUUUAUGAAGAGAGAACUCUGGUUCUGAGUUUUUACAUUGUUUUACUCUCUUUUCUUUAUAUACUGCUGGUGGUUUAAUCUGUAAUAAUACUUCACCUACGUACAGUACUUGACUAGAUGUACUUAUGAUAAAAAAAAGUUGUUGUUUUGGGAUUUUACUGAAACUUUAAUUUUUCUCUCUCAGGUCAGAGGACAAGAAGCCGUUGUCAUGGCGAUCGUUACCCAGGAAACACGGAAAGACUCUGUUCAACACCCUCAGCGGCCUCCACAAGACGCUGGAGAAGAUCUGCACUCCCGGCCAGGAGGAGGCGACACUGGAGUUCCUUUUGACCGACUACGACCAGAUCUACCAGAGCCAGAAGCAGCUGGAGCUGGAGAUCCAGGAGGCCUUCCUCUUCUUCAUGAGCUGCCUGCUGAGAGGCUACCGCAGCUUCUUGCUGCCCAUCACCCAGGCUCCCUCUGACACCACCACGGACUGUAGUUCACUGUUCAACCUGCAGGGUUUCCUGAAGUCUCGGGAUCGAACGCAGCAGAAGAUCUACGGUCAGUUGACGAGGACUCAGAUGUUCACCCAGUUCAUUGAGGAGUGUUCCUUCGUCAGCGACCGACACGCCUGCCUCGAGUUCUUCGACGAGUGCGUCCAAAAGGUGAUCCACCAUCUUCUCUCUGAGUAUCACUCACAGCCUUCACUGUAGAAGACAAGGUGUCUCACUGAGAAGGAACUGUUGGCAUCAACAGCAUAAUAACAUCAGAGAAUAUGAAUAGAUCCAAAGAGUGCUGGAGUCAAUAUUGAAUGGUAGAGUACUAGAUUACUUUAUGUACAAUUAAUACGUCUAUUCAGUGGACUACUAUUGCCCCCUAAAAAAAGAACACAGUAAAACAAAGGGGUCUUAAAACAUAUACGAAGGUUAGAGCAGCCUGUUACUCAUCAUUAACAGAACGAUCGACACCAUUGACCAUUACAUCCUGUUACAGAGACUAGAACAUUUGAUCAGCAUCAAAGGAACCGCACUAAGCUGGUUUAAGUCCAAUUUAUCAGAUCGAUCUCAGUUUGUAAACGAUGAACACCAACGUUAGUCAUGGCGUUCCACAAGGUUCUGUGUUUGGACCAGUUUUAUUCACCUUAUAUAUGCUUCCUUACGGCAAUAUUAUCAGAAAAC